GUUUUGGGUGUUAGUGAAUUUCCUGUGAAUAUCUGCCCUUCUAUGUUUCCUAUUGAACUUUUUUUGGAGUUUUGAUGUUUUUAGUUGUUUUUUCUUGAAAUCAUAAAAAGGGAAAAUAUGAAAAGAUAAAUAAAUUAUAGAUUGACGGCAGGAAAACUUAGUAGUGGCAUAAUGUUUCAGGGUUACAUGGAUUGAGUGUAAAAAAGGGGAAAUCAUGGGAAGUUAUCUGGAAGAAGAAGAUCAAUUCUUUGAUAUCAGGGAAGAGAUUUCUUCUGCAUCUGAGAAAUGUGGUUCUAGUCCUGAUAUAGGUUUAGUUGAUGAUUUUGUAGAUACUUUUGAUCAGUACAAGUUCUGGUCUAUGUUCCCAGAAAGCAUUGAUAAGCGUCGGCAUAACUUCGGAAAAUGGAUGAGUCUAAGUUUCAAUGGAAAUUCGAAUACAGGAGAGAAUCACGACGGUUCCAGCAGGGCUGAACUUGAAUUGGGAAUUUCUAGAAUCUCUGAAGAUAGCGGGGCUGUGUUGAGGACUUCAGGCCUUGAAGAGGGGGUUUCAUCCAACAAACCAUCUUUUUUGUUCAAUGAUGCCCAAGAACCUGCUGAAAAUUGUUCGAAAGAUGACCAUUUAGCACAUCCGGCCAAGAAUUUGGAUGGUCUAAUAGAAUUGACAAUGGCUGAACAAAGUCAGAAUGGAAUUAUCAGUCGCUCACAGAGUACAGAUUAUAGUGAUUCUGUUAGUUCUGAAUUGUAUGACCGAACUACUAUGCCGUCUCCGUCGGUUGAUCCGCACUUGGAUGGGGAGGCCGAGGGAAGGCCUUUGAUAGAUAUGAAAAGGAUAGUGAAAAAGAGUUGGCUAAGGAAAUUAGGUGCCAUGAUUGUUCCAUCAAAGCCCGGAAAUCAUGAAUGGGCAUAUGAGGAAAAGAUGAAAGGAGUAAGACCUCAUCCAAGUAACAAGCAUUCCAAGGAGUUGUCUUCCCUUUACUGUGGGCAAGAAUUUGUAGCACAUGAAGGGUCCAUCUUGACUAUGAAGUUCAGUUUGGAUGGGGAAUUUCUAGCAACUGCAGGUGAAGAUUGUAUUGUGCGUGUAUGGAAAAUUGUCGAGGAUGACAGUUUAGACAAAUUCGACAUCCAAGAUCUUGAUCCUUCAUGUCUUUACUACAGAAUGAAUCAUCUCUCCCAGCUGAUUCCUCUCAAUGUGGAUAAAGAACGUAUAGAUAAAAUUACGAGGUUAAGGAGAUCAUCUGACUCAACUUGCGUAAUUUUCCCACCCAAAGUCUUCCGAGUUUUGGAGAAGCCUGUGCAUGAAUUUCAGGGGCACAGUGCUGAAAUUUUGGCUCUUUCAUGGUCUAAUAAUGGGCUUUUACUGUCGUCCUCUGUUGACAAGACUGUUCGUCUAUGGCAAGUGGGAUGUGAUAGUUGCUUAAGGGUUUUUUAUCAUAACAAUUAUGUGACUUCUGUUGCCUUCAACCCUGUGGAUGAUAAUUAUUUCAUCAGUGGUUCAAUUGAUGGCAAAGUUCGCUUUUGGGAAGUGCUUCGCUGUCGAGUCAUUGAUUAUACUGAUGUAAGUGAUAUAGUCACAGCUGUGUGUUAUCGACCUGAUGGAAAGGGAGGAAUUGUUGGCUCAAUGACCGGCAACUGCCGCUUCUAUAAUAUAAUAGGUACUCGACUUCAACUUGAUGAACCGAUAUAUUUACAAGGCAAAAAGAAGUUACCCGGAAAGAGGGUAACUGGCUUCGAGUUCUCUCCUACUGAUCCAAACAAAGUGUUGAUUACAUCAGCUGAUUCACUUGUCCGUGUCUUGUCCGGAAGAGAUGUUGUAUGCAAAGUUAAGGCGUCGGGCUUUCGAGUUGCAAUGAGUCAGAUAUCGGCAACAUUUAGCCAAGAUGGUAAACAGAUCAUUUCAGCUAGCGAGGAUUCUAAUAUCUACAUUUGGAAUUAUGCAAAUCAAGAGAAGAGUUGCUCCAAGGCGAAAAGCAUUUCGUCUUGCGAGAGUUUCUUGUCGCACAAUGCAUCGGUUGCCAUACCUUGGCGUGGAAUCAAAACCAUUCCUGCAAUGUUUACAUCCCUAGAACUCGGUGGGGAUGGGGGGAGAAACAGAAGUUCCAAGGUGGAGCGGGAACAAACAAUGCCUCAUUCUUCACCGGAUUGUUUCUCUUUGCCGCGUGUUUUGUUGGACUCUUUAACGAAGGGGUCUCCAACAUGGCCUGAAGAGACACUCCCCAAUGCAAGUGCGGGCACGGUUGCAUCUGAUGUGUGCAGGUUCGAGUUGAAGGUAUUGAAGAGUGCCUAUCAAAGCAUGUUGAGUUCCCACAAGUGGGGUCUUGUUAUUGUUACUGCAGGCUGGGAUGGACGCAUUCGAACUUACCUCAAUUAUGGUUUACCUAUUCGAUUAUAAAAGGCUAUUUGUUCCUUACUUGCUACAGUUUA